CCGUCAACUGUUUCCCCAAAGUUCGUGCCAGAGAAAAAAUGGCUACCCUUUUGAGUAAAAGCUGCUUUUCUUUACGAAGAAAACGCUGCUUUCAACAGCAACAAUUCGGUCGAGUUUAUACGUGGUGCAACGGCGUCGGGUGGAAGUGUGGAAGAAGACUUUUGAGGAAUACUCUAGGCGUGCUGGUGGGCGCGAGUGCGACUUGCGGGGCGUUCUUAUAUUUCCUGGAUCAUUCGGUUCAGGCGACGGGCCGCGAAGCGCAUAUACCCAGCUAUCCCUGGGACUUCGAGGGAUACCUCACGUCCUUGGACCACUCGGCCGUGCGGAGAGGCUGGCAAGUCUACAGAACCGUAUGCUACUCGUGUCACAGUUUGCAAUAUGUGAAAUUCAUGGAUCUGGUCGACGUGUCGCACACGCAGGACGAGGUCAAGGCCAUUGCCGCUGAAUAUGAGAUUCAAGAUGGACCCGACGAAGAGGGAAAUUAUUAUACCAGACCUGGAAAAUUGUCUGAUUUAUUGCCAACUCCAUUUCCGAAUGAGGAAGCGGCUAGAGCAGCCAAUUUUGGUGUGUUCCCACCAGAUCUGACUUACAUCGUUUUCGCCAGAAGAAACGGUAGAAAUUACUUAUUUUCUUUGCUGACGGGAUGGAUGGAGCCGCCAGCAGGUAUACCUUUAACCGACCAUCAACAUUUUAAUAUCUACUUUCCCGGAAACGUAAUGGGUAUGGCGCAGAUGUUAGUUGAUGGAGUAGUGGAAUACGACGAUGGCACUCCGUCGACGACAUCGCAAAUGGCAAAGGACAUGGUCGAAUUUUUAAGUUGGACAUCCUCGCAAAACUUUGACACACGAAAACGGAUGUUUAUCAAGGCAAUGGGAAUAUGUAUUAUAUUAGCAGCUUCGAUUGGUCACCAUUUCAGACACAUUUGGUCACACCUGAGAAGCAGGCAGAUAGCAUAUGUGCCCAAAGGAAAAUACUAAGAAAUGUUCUCGCGAAAGAUAUUUCCAAUAGAGACCCAUAAGAAAAGUUAAUUUCUCGACAUUAAAAAGAAAACACAAAAGUACAUUUAGUACAUUAAACUCGAAUUGACGGAAUAUUUAAUCGGAAAAAGUAUCAAAGAUUAUCAUAGAUGUAAUGUUAAAAGGCAAGCCACAAAAACACACAUUUAAAAUCGAUUCUUCAAAAAAUUAUUUAAUUUAUUAAUUAUACAGUAUAUGUAAUCAGUAAAUGAGAAACAAUAAUUAACUGUAAAUACAAUAAAACGAACUUUAAAAAUCUUACAAAAAAAUGCAAAA